AUGGAAGACAAGCCCACAGCAAGAGCGAUCUCGCUACUAGCUUCGCCCAAACCAUGGUGGAAAACAACCCACCUCAUCUACCUAAACACCAUAAUAGCAAGCCUAAUCCUCUUCUCCAGCACAUUCGGCUACGACAUCUCCCUAAUGAACAGCCUACAAUCCCUACCGCAAUGGCAAACCUUCAUGGACAACCCAACAGGAAUAAAACUCGGCUUCAUAAACGCCCUGCAAAGCAUAGGCAGCAUACUCUUCCUCCCCAUCCAAGCAUGGUCCGCCAACCGCUUCGGCCGCAAACCCACAAUCCUAGCCGGGUACAUCUUCAUCGUUCUCGGCGUGGCACUGCAGGCCGCAGCCCAAAAUACCAAUACAUUCAUCUACUCCCGUCUGCUGAUCGGUAUCGCCAGCGCCUGGUUCCAGUGCGCUGUCAUCCUUGUCACGGAAAUCGCGUAUCCCUCGCAUCGCGCGCUCGUCACUGCUAUCUACAUGUGUCAGUACUAUGUCGGGUCCUCGCUGUCGGCGUGGAUUUCUUUCGGGAUGAGGAAUGCGCAGAGUAGCUGGGCCUGGCGUGUGCCUGUGCUUAUGCAGAUUGCGUUGCCGAUUCUUGCUUUGCCUGGGACGUUGUUUAUGCCUGAGUCCCCGCGUUGGCUGAUUAGUUGUGGGCGGGUUGAGGAGGCGAGGAGUAUGCUGGUUAGAUUUCAUGCUGGUGGGGAUGAGGGGUCGCAGCUGGUGGCUUCUGAGAUGGAGGAGAUUAGCCAAGCCCUGGCGCUGGAGCGGAAGAAUCAGCUCGAGGCGCGCUGGAUUGAUUGUGUUAGGACGCCUGGGAAUCGGUAUCGGCUUUUCUUGAGUGUUUCUUUGGGUGUGUUUGCGCAGUGGAAUGGAGGUGGUGUGGUGUCAUACUACCUGACCCUUAUCCUCGAUACAAUCGGUAUAACCUCGACAACGGACCAAACCCUCAUAAACGGCUUCCUCCAACUCUGGAACCUGAUCAUGAGUGUGGUAGGCGCGUGUCUUGUCGACCGUGCUGGCCGCCGUGCGCUCUUCAUCACAUCAACUGUGAUUAUGCUGAUUAGCUAUAUCUUCAUCACUGCGCUAUCAGGCAGCUUCACGACGACGGGCACCAGCGCUGUGGGAACAGCCGUGAUCCCGUUCUUGUUCAUCUACUAUGCGGGCUACGAUAUCGCUUUCACGCCCCUGCUCCUGGCAUACCCGGCUGAGAUCUGGACGACCUCGCUGCGUGCUAAGGGUGUUGCUAUCUCCACAAUCUCGAAUUAUAUAGCACUGGUUUUCAAUCAGCUUAUUAACCCUAUUGCGUUUGAGAGGAUUUCUUGGAAAUAUUAUUUUGUAUUUUUAGUCGUGCUGCUUGUUGUCUUGGUUGUUGUUUGGAAGACCUAUCCUGAGACCAGGGGGAGGUCGCUUGAAGACAUUGCUUUGAUUUUUGAUGGGGAGGAGGCGCGUGUUACUGCUAAUGAUGCUAUAGUGACCGCCGAGAAAGGGCAUCAUAGGAUAAUUGAACAUCGAUCAUGA